GCAGAGCAGUUAUUCAAGGAGUUGCAUCAAGAACCAGAAUCCGAAGCAUACAGUGAGUUGUCCCACUCCCACCUUGGCGCCAUGAACAAACGGAAGCUGAGUUUUAAGUGGUUUGGCAGUUUUUCCAGCCUCUCCUUUCGUCGCUCAACUGAGAAAUCGCAGUCCAAACUUGCUCCAAAGCACCAUGGAAGUCUGCGUGAGACAGUCACCGAAGAUAAGUCAAUCGAUGAUAUGGACAUGUGCCCACGGAGCCCUGGCUAUGCCCGCUCCAGCGACAUGUACACCCAUAUUAGCACCAUGCCUCGUUUCUCACUCAAGAAGAAGGACAAAAGCAGCAAGGGGUCCACAAAGAAUAAAGGCAAGACAGAGCUGUGCAAAGGGCAGAGCCAGCAGCAAGCUGUGGACUACGUCUGCGAAUCACCCCUACUGAGUGUCCUGUCAAGCCAGGGCUUUGCUGCUCUGGAUCAACUCCCCCAAAAGCCGAACACCCACACACCGGAAAGGGCAGGUUCUACACAAGAUGCCCCUGUGGUAGAAAACGCUCCCAACAGUAACAGCAACCCCAGUGUAAAUAGCCAUCCUGAAAGCGUGAUGUCCGAACGCACACCACCAGUCAAGCAAGCUGCGGUGCCACCGGACCUACUUCUUAACCUUGAAGCCCUAAGUAAACCAGUACUUCCCAAGAAACCUGAAAGCAAGGCGCAGACCCUAGCACAUCCAACCAACCCACAAGAGUCCAACCCAGACCCAGUUCACAGACCUUCUCCUCUGAUGUUUGAUGACAACAGAGUGAUGAUCACAGACGAAGACAUCUGUCCUCAAGGGACACAUGAAGGUUCACAAGCUGGCACUUGCUCAAACCUACCACCUAGAAAGGACUCAUGUCCAUCUGUCAAAUAUGCAGCAAGUUGGCCCACAAAGAAGGACCCGCAGAACCAGGAACUCUCUGGUUUCCUGAAAGAAGAUCCUGUAGUGAAGACUCAGGAGAUACAUCCAUUGGACGGCUGCUUGGAUCCCAUGGAUGGCAAAGGUGACUAUGUGAAGUUCUCCAAAGAGAAGUACCUGCUGGACUCUCCACCGGAGAAGCUGCGGAGAGAGCUAGAGGAAGAGCUGAAGCUGAGCAGCAGUGAUCUGCGGAGUCAUGGCUGGUACCAUGGCCCCAUCCCUCGGGAGGUUUCCGAGACGCUGGUGCUGCGGAACGGAGACUUUCUGGUCCGAGACUCCCUGGCUAACCCAGGCGACUACGUGCUGACCAGCCGCUGGGACAAUGAGGUGCUGCACUUCAGGAUCAGCAAGGUGCUGGUCAAGUCCAGCGACUCUCGGGUCCAGUAUGUGCUGGAGCGGGAGAGCUUCGAUUCGGUGCCGGCCCUGGUGCGCUUCUAUGUGAGCAGCCGGCGGCCCAUCUCCCAGCAGAGCAGUGCCCAGAUCUAUUGCCCUAUCAACCGCACCCUUCCCCUGCGCUACCUGGAGGCCAGCUUUGCCCUGGCAAACGGCAGGCAUGGCUCCACCCACUCACCGUCCGGUCAGAGAGGAGCCUACAUCAAGAGGCGAAGUGUCACCAUGACGGAUGGACUGACAACGGAGAAAAUUAUACCACACAGGGAAUCUUGCUCCGAGGUGGCUAGCGGAAAGCCCAGCUCUUUUCCAGGAAGCGGGUCGGAGGUGAACUUGGGGAGCAGCCCUUCCACUGUGCACCACAAGGAUGCGAUGAGAAACUGUGCACUAAGUAUGGAUCAGAUCCAGGAGUUCCGCUGCCCUCUCUCUCCGGUUGGAGAGACCCCACUAUCUCCAGCAUACAGCUCUAUUACCAAGCACAGGGUUCCGCUGGGGGGCACAGCACUGGGCGUGGUCCCCUCAUCGCCCGUUCUGAGGCGUUCUAGUGAGCCCCAGCUCAGCCCCACCUCCAUCAACAACAUGCCCUGCCCCGAGCCAGCCGUCAGCACCCACUCUACCCCUGCCCAUGGCUACCUCUCCGAGGGGGGCGGAGGAAGCUACUGCGAGCUCCGCCCAAGCCCUGCCCCCUCCCCAGCCCCACCGCCUAAGAGCUAUGUGGAGCGCCUGCGAGUAGAGGAAGUCCGGGGCCCCCCGGCAAGCAGGGAGGAGGCCAGUGAACCCUUUGUGGUCCCUGUGUUGGAGACAUCUUCCGCUUUCAAGCCUGGGCAGUACCACUCAGCGCUGAUGCCCACUGAGAACAAGCCGUUGGAGAUGAGCAUCCUGAAACGGGUGAAGGAGUUGCUGGCUGAAGUCGACGCCAAGACUGCUGCAAAGCACAUCACCAAGGCGGACUGCACGGUUGCUAGGAUACUGGGUGUUACCAAGGAGAUGCAGAAGAUGAUGGGAGUGGCCUCAGGACUGGAGCUGCUGACUCUACCACAUGGACACCAGCUCCGCCUAGACCUGCUGGAAAGGUUUUAUACCAUGUCCAUCAUGAUGGCAGUAGACCUACUUGGCUGCACAGGCAGCACAGAGGAACGAGCUGCCCUCCUCCACAAGACCAUCCAGCUGGCAGCUGAGCUGAAGAGCAGCCUGGGCAACAUGUUCGGCUUUGGCGCCGUGAUGCGGGCACUGGAGUUGCCUCAGAUCUCGCGGCUGGAGCAGACUUGGAUGGCACUGCGGCAGAGGCAUACAGAAGGUGCCAUACUCUAUGAGAAGAAGCUGAAACCUUUUCUGAAGAACAUAAAUGAUGGAAAAGAGAGCUGCGUGCUGUCCAACACAUCCUUUCCGCACAUUGUGCCCCUACUGUCCCUCCUGGAGAAAGGUGUCAGUGGGACAGUUGGGGAGGGGACGGAGCCAUGGGAGAGCACAGAGACAGGAGUAGAUGUGGUGAUGAGCCACCUGGAGGCGGCACGCACCGUCGCUCACCAUGGAGGGAUCUACCACACCAAUGCAGAGACCAAGCUGCACGGGUUCCAUGAGAGACCGGAAGUGUCGGAGAUCUUCUGCACCGAGUUUCAAAUGCGGCUUCUCUGGGGGAGCCGGGGGGCAGAGGGGAGUCAGGCAGAGCGCUAUGAGAAGUUUGACAAGGUUCUGACAGCCCUCUCCAACAAGCUGGAGCCACCGGUGAAGCACAGUGAACUAUAGCAGAUACCCUGAGUGCAUGCAGUGCAACAAGCCCUGUCAACCUGUGCUGGCAUACCCCUGGAUGGGUCCAAUGUGAGAGAUGGGGGGAAAAACCCAAAGACAAUGCACUGUCUACUGUAAGAAGAUCUCUUUUGUAUUUAUUGCAUUGAACAAAGGGGUCAAAUUUCCACAGAGGUCAUCUCUAGUGGUCCAUCUAGCUGAAAGCUGGACAACACCAAAAGUAAAAAAAAAAAAAAAAAAAAA